AUGGGCGCAGGUUGUUGCUGUUGUGGUAAGAAAAAUCAACGUAUAUCAUCUGAAUAUCAUUCAAUACCUCAAUAUACUCAGAUUGGUAUAAGAACAAAUGAUCCUCUGGUAUUCAUCGAUGGUUAUCUCGAUGAACCAGUUCUCCCUUUGGAAGACGCUCUUGAACCUUUCGACGGUAAAAUUAAUCGAUUAUCUUAUUAUAUCCAAGAAGCGAAAAUGAGAUGUCACUAUCCAUCAGAACAUAAUCUUACUCUUGAUGAAUCAGCAGCUAUCUAUAUUUAUACAAUGAAAUCGGAUGAUAGAUGUCUUCAGAAUUAUUUGCAAGCAGCAUUUAAUUCUAAUGAUCAAAAUACACUUCAAGCAUGGUUCAAGUAUCUCAAAUUAUUCAAAACUGCACUCGAUAAGUUGCCUACUGCAAAAGCAGAAGUUUGGCAAGGAGGACCAUUCGAUGAAAAACUCAAAGAACAACUUAAUUCAAAGUCAUUACCACUCUAUACUUCUCUGUGCUCAUGUUCACCGUCAGUCAAUCAAAUUAAAGAUUAUUUACAAAAACCUGUUGGUAAUAAGAUGAUUCUUCUUGGUUAUCAAUCUGUAAACGGAAAAUUGGUGACUGGUUAUACAGCUAAUAACUGGCAAGAAGCGAUAGUAUGGCCAGGUAUAAAGUUGGGAGUAGCAAAAUACAGUGUGACCGAUACUUAUCAUACAUGGAUUCUGAAUGCAAUGAGACAAAGUGGUGAGUACUAA